AUGGUCAGAAAAGGUGUGAUACAUCUUGUUCAAAGGGCAUUACUUUCAUUAAAAGGACGAGACACACGUCAACUUCUACAAGGAUUAACUACCAAUGAUUUGAGUUUAUUACGUCGGAACGGUGCAUUGUAUACAUUGUUAUUGAAUAAUCGUGGCCGUAUUGAAUACGAUCUGAUAGUUUAUGAAAGAAACGAUGAUGAAUUCUUAGUGGAAUGUGAUUCGGAUCGAAGAGAUACGUUAAAACGAUUGCUGCAAAUGUAUCGUAUGCAUAAAAACGUCGUCAUCGAACCGUCUGAUACGAAUGUGUUUUUUGUCAACCAAAAAUGUGAUGGUGCUUUCAUUGAUCCUCGUAUACCAGCUUUUGGGACUCGACUUCUUGCUGAUCGCAUUCCAGAUUCAGACGCAUCCAAUGCAAUGUCCGUAUAUGAAGAUAGACGUUUCGAGUUUGGUCUAGUGGAAGGUAAUGCUGAAUUGAGAGGUGCAUUGCCAGUUUAUCGUAAUGCAGAUAUUAUGAAUGGAAUGAGUUAUGAUAAAGGUUGUUAUCUUGGUCAGGAGGUGAGUGCGCAAACGCUUCGUAAUAAAAUCAGGAAACGAAUAGUUCCGUUCACAUGCGAUGGUAGAGCAAGUGGCCUAAUAGUGGAUCCGAAUGAUGGUUCCUCAAAUAUGGGUAAUGUCAUAGCUUGUAAUGGUCAUCGAGGACUGGCUCUACUACGUCUUGAUCGUAUCACUUCAAAUGCCAUAUUGAAAGCAAACGAUAUCUCAAUAAAACCACGUAUACCAGCUUGCAUCGAUAUAAUCAGUAUCAACACAAUGUCGGAGAAGCAGUUUCGUCGGUAUUUGAUGGUAACGGGUCAGCUGGAAAACAAACAUGAAGAACUAGGGGUAAAGGAUAAUAACAUGGCGAAUGAUGAAAUAGAUGAUACAGAAGUAAAGGAAUCAGUGUCAAUGAAUCGAUUCGAGUUACUUGGAGAUGAAAGUGACCAUAAUACAAGUGAUGAAAAUGGAGAUGUGAAAGGAGAUAAAAUAACUGAUAAAGAAGAUGAAGAAAGUACUGGAAGAAUGGCAACUGGAAACAUAAGUAAGGCAAAACACCGAAAAAGUAGAAAAAAGCAAAAAAAGAGAAGGGAAAACAUCGAAGAUUCGUUGGAUAUAACAAAUGAUGCCAGUAGUGAACGUGAAACAAAUGAACCACCUGAUAAUAAUAGCAAAGUCGUAUUUGAGGCUGACAUAUUCAAGAUCGAUCCUCGUAAUUUUGAUUACGAUAAGGAAUUCAGUCUUAUGCUCGGGCAGAAACCCAAAAAGCGUCCUCAUCAUCAAUCAAGGACAAAGAAUCGUUUGGCCUACGGAAAAUCACAAUGGCCGGUGUUGAAAAAUACGGGUUUUCACAUGGAAUUAGAUAAAGUGGAACGCGGAGUUUCUUUUUAUAGAUUCAAGCAUAAUGCAUUGUAUCAAGGUGUGCAGCAGUUGUUUUGGACAGGCUUUAAAUUGAACGAUGAAUCUCUGCUGAUGGAACUUUUGGUGGAACAUCCGUUCCAUUUGGAUACUCUUCUCACUGUGGCUAACACGUUAUCAUUUCGUGAAGAAUAUUCGGCAUCUCAUGAUUUGAUCGAGCGUGGUAUAUUUGCGUGCGAGAGUAUGUUCGCAGCACAGUUCAGUUUAACGGAUUUCAAUCAUCGUUUGGAGUAUAAGCAAUGGGAGAACCGUGCAUUCUUCCUUCUUUUGCAUCGUCAUAUGAAUAUGUUGUUGGAUCGUGGGCUUGUUCAGACUGCGUUGACAAUCGCCAAACUCAUCUACAAACUGGAUCCGGUCGAAGAUCCACUUGGCAUCCUACUCAUCAUCGACUCGUUGGCUUUGAAAGCCAAUCAACCGAAGCUUAAGGCUCGUCGUCUUGAAAGGCUGCCAAACUUCGCCUACUCAAUUGCAUUGGCUCAUUUUGAGCUAUCACGCGAGAGCGGCGAUCGAUCUUCUGCGGACCAUUAUUUAGCCCAAGCAAUUCGUCGUUUUCCAACAAUGGUUUCACCAUUACUCACCAAGAUAAAUGUGCAACCCGAUGAAAAUCUGGAAAAAAAUACCAGACUGAAUGAGAUCGCUUAUCAAAAGGAAACGGAAGGUAUGAAGCUGUUGAUAUGUGUUUAUAUUGAUCAUGCACACGAAUUAUGGAAUGAUAAUGAUGUUCUAAAGUGGUUCGAAGAAAUCACAAAGUUAACGAUUGAAACCUUUGAUCAGCAUACAGAGGAGAUUAGAGAAUGGGAUAAAACUCGUGGCUCUUGUUACGGGGGCAUACCGCGAAAUGUAAGACGUCAUGCAACAUUGUGGCAUUUACGUAACGGUGACGAGGGGGAAAUGGUGCUGGUGGAUCCAUCACCACCGGUGCUUUCGUUUGCGGAUUAUCAACCGGUAGGUGCGUCGAGUUUUCAGCCGCCGCAGUCGUGGUUGUUGACAGUGGUUAGUUCGCUCAUUCCGGAUGAUGCUCAGGUGAACGUUGGCUUUAUCAGUUCGAACAUUAAUACCAACGAUAACAUAGCACAUAAAUAA